CCGUCCCCUCCCAGCGGGUCUGCCUCCCUUUGCUACAGCACAGAAAGCCUUGGUGAAGGAGCCUGAAGCUGGGUUUUAAAGCCAGGACGAGAGACCUCAGAUAGUACCACAACCAUAAAUAUUUUGUAGUACUUCUCGCCACAUCUCGGCGACCUACCAACUCCCCCUCCCUCUCUCUCUCCCCUGUUGGACCUCUUUUCCGCCUGGAUUUCAUCAUCCGACCUGCAAGAUGGGAAAUGAAGGCAGUUUCCCCCUGGAGAUGUGCACGCAUUUCGAUGCUGAUGAGAUUAAGAGGCUAGGGAAGAGGUUUAAGAAACUCGACCUGGAUAACUCGGGCUCUCUGAGCGUGGAGGAGUUCAUGUCGCUGCCCGAGCUGCAGCAGAACCCGCUGGUGCAGAGGGUCAUCGACAUCUUCGACACGGACGGGAACGGAGAGGUGGACUUCAAAGAGUUCAUUGAGGGAGUCUCACAGUUCAGCGUCAAGGGGGACAAAGAGCAGAAGCUCCGGUUCGCUUUCAGGAUCUACGACAUGGACAAGGACGGCUACAUCUCCAACGGCGAGCUCUUCCAGGUGCUGAAGAUGAUGGUGGGCAGCAACCUGAAGGACACGCAGCUGCAGCAGAUCGUGGACAAAACCAUCAUCAACGCAGACAGAGACGGAGACGGCAAGAUAUCCUUCGAAGAGUUCUGUUUAGUGGUCGGCGGUCUCGAUAUACACAAAAAGAUGGUGGUGGACGUGUGAGCGCUCCCUGCUCGUCGACCCCCCCCCCCCCUCCUCCUCAACACUCGCUUUCUCCACCAUCUCUGAAGAUGUGCUCCAGACGUCCGGCAAAGCGCUCUCUGUGUAACUCAAUGGAAGUAUUCUCUCUCUCUCUCUCUCUCUCUCUCUCUCUCCCUCUCUCUCUCUCUGAAGCCACUCAUUCUGUCAGAAACCACAGGCCUUGUGAAGCCACACUGAAGUGUUAUUGAACUGUAAUCCUCUCAAUAACCAGGUCGUAGCACUUUAAGAGACUGAAGGACUUAUAACUGUCAUUUUUGGAGAGCAACUCCAUUUUUGGAUGGGGGGGGGAGAAAGGAAAGGGGCUCGUUGGCUUGUUCAUAAUUCAUCCUUUCUUUUUCUUUUUUGUUAAUUGUUAUUUUUGAUAUUUAUGUUUUUGUUCUUGUCUUUUAUAAAGAAACACAAGUAUAUCUACGGUUGUCUCUUGAAGGGGAAGUGUAUAGCAUAUUAUGAACACUUGACUUACAGUACAACAAUAAAGUAGGGUAUGAAGUGCCAACCAGAACAUAUCCAGAAACCAGUUCAAGUUAUUACCUUUCAUCAUUCAUGUCCCGCAGACCGGCACUCCCUCCAGUCAUAUUACAUGCAAACUACAUUUCAGAUUUUCCUUCCUCUGUUUUGAUUAGACCAGUAAAGCAAUCCAUGUUUGUCUUUGUCUGCGAGAAGCUAGUUUUAAUCAUACUUAAGAAUGUGUUUAUAUUGUUGGAGGUUAUCCUUGUUUUCCUGUCAUGAAAUCAUAGGUAGAUAUAUUAAUGCCAAGAAAAUGUCUUUCCAGAAAAAUUAUUUGUGGCUGCAAACUGGUUUACUCUCUCAUUUAGCAGUGUGCAUCCAUAAGACAAUCUCCAAAGUAAAGAAAGGCUCUGCGUUCACACUGAGAUUUGUAUUUAAUGACAAGAGGCUGGAUUGACUUGGCUAAGAACUGGAAGAUAUAGUGUGAAUAGAGUGAGUACAUAACAACUUAAAGGUGGGGUAGGUAAUUCACUUCUGAAACACUUUUUCCGCUGAGAGUAGUCCUCAUAUUAAUACUCAUGUUUCUAUUCGGACAAACCGUGUAAACAUAAAAUGUUGUACUGCUACCUGAUUGAAUCAUAGACACACACACAGACAGAUUUGGAGACAGCUUAAAAUGACUUCCCUGCUCAUAAAACCACAGAGGAAGUCUGUAUGCAUGUUACCCUCACACACCAUUCAUAAAGCACUGCACUGAUUUCAUGAGGCAAGUUAAAGGUGGGUAGGUAAUUCACUUCAGAAACACUUUUUGUUAUAUUCCAUGGAAUGCUCUUAACAUCCCGAUAGCAAUGAAUAUAUUAAAUGCUUUGACAAUAAAUACAUUAAAAAAAUUCAUCUGUGGAAGCCGUAGUACUGUAAAAAGCACGACCAAUCAUCUGAGCCGGCCCGGCUAAAAUAACUGGAUGGCCUACCUGCCUGUCAGCCUUCCAUCUGUGCACAAACUUAUCUCGUGCCCUCAUUGGUCAUGUGCGCGUUCGUGUGUGUUGGAGGAGGGGCUCUAUAAGGAAGUCUGAAGGAAGGGGCAGAUUUUUUCCGGUUGUGUACUUUCAAAUUCUAGCGCACUCGAGCUGGUUUCUCCAUUCUUACCUACCCUACCGUUAUCUGCAGGCAGCGUUUUAUAACCAUUAUGUGUAUAUUAUCAAUGCGCGCUCAUCUAUUACAGCAAUUGGAGCUCUUCUGAAUAUGUUCUCAGUGGACGGGUCAACACUUCAAUUCUUACCACGUUGGCAUCAGUGUGUAAAGGGAUGGGCUGUAUACUUUUGUUUUUUUGGAACGUGUCCAUUUGGAAAGAUGGCUUCCUCUCCCACUUCUUUGUUCUGUCUUUUUCUCCCCUCACACCCAGUAAGACAAACAUGGAGAAAUUCAACCACAUUUUGUAUUUAUUAUAGGAAUAUGCUUCCUAUUAUAAACAUAAUUUUGCUUCUGAGGCCAGCUUCAGGUUUGAUCAGCAGUUUUCCAAAAGCUCUGCAUCGCCUGGGUCUCCCUGUGCUUGCAUGACAUGGAAAUAUAUAUUUUUUGGUUGUGCAUGUAGAUCCAUUUUUUUUUUUUAAAUAAUCCUCUUGUUUACACAUGGAUGGUGAUGUUAAUAUAUUUAAGAAUGUAAUGGUAUACAAUAUGGAUUUUGCCAAACGUUGGUAAAUAUACACAUACUAUGAGAGGUAAUCCAAAUGAACUGAACUACAUGUUUUGUAUUUAACCGGGUCAGCCAGAUGCUUCUAUUCCAGUAAAGGUUGCAUAUCUGAUCCUGUCUCAAACUGCCACACACUGUACUCAGCUUAAAGGGGAUAUUUUUAUGUUUUUCUUUCUUUUGUAUAUAAGUAUUUGUUAAAUGCAGUUCUGGCUCUCUGUUCUCUGUAUAGUUCAGACCGCGCUUUAGGUUGUAAGUGCUGUUUUUCUCAGAGGGACUCGGGUUCUUUUUAGUUUGUGUGGGGAUAUCUGAAGUUUUUCCUUUUUUCUGCAUGCUGCAUCUUAUGCUGUGGGACUGUUGGAAACUUGAUACUGUAUGAAAUUAAAUACAUUUAAAUAAACUUUGAAAUGUUGAAAGUUU